CUAUGUGGAGCCUCCCUGGAUACAGUAUGCUUUCGAAUGUUCCACACAAUAUAUUUGUCUCAUUGAUGAGGUGUUGUCGGGGGAAUGACACAGUUGUUACUUCCUGCAGCACCCUGGGAAGAGUGGUGGAAAUAGAAGCAUAAUUUUUCAGAACACUGGUAGUGAAUGACAGUGGCAGUGUGUUCAGUACAUUCUGGGAUACAACAUACAAUGCUGUGAGGUUUUAACCUGGUUUCAUGGUCAUGCAGUGGACAAACAUUGUUCAUGCAAUAGUGGAUUUUUCAUGGCAAAAGUGGGAGUUUUGCUCUUUAAAGUUUUCAACCCUCCAUCCAUUAUGGGGGAAACAGAGGUUACUGAAGGCAAUACGUUACAUCUAUUGUGUGAUGGGUCAAACUCAGACCCUCAACCAACUUUACAAUGGAUCUCUCCUGAUGGGAAGAUGGUCAGUGAGAGUGGGGAACUUGAUAUAGUGACUACCACCAGGAAUAUGACUGGGAUAUACACCUGUGUAGCUACUCUCCCUCGCUCCACCGCUACUAUGAUCUCCACUGUCGAUAUUACCAUUAUUCCAAUUGACUGUCCAACACUGAAUUCUACGGAUACCAUGAUAUUCAACAUGAGCUCCACUGCAGUGGGCAGUACUGCUACCUAUCAGUGUAGAGAUGGUCCCACUGAUGUGUACACUACUCAGUGUACCAGUACUGGAGUAUGGGACCCUCACCCUGACUGCACAUCGAAAGAAACAGGUAUUCUAAAACAGCAUUAAUCUGUGUUUCUAUGUCACAUUGUGAUAACUGUUUAGUCAAACACAUCUGUAUAACUGCAUGAUUCUUUUCAGAAUCUCUCUUUGAGAGGUAUAGGAAGUGGCUACCGUGGGGAGCAGGGGCAGUGGGACUUCUCCUGCUCUGCUGCAUCACCAACUGUGCUGUGAUAACUGCAGUGUGUGUCUGCAAGAGAAGCAGGAGAAAGGGAAAACAGUACCUUCUGAGAGAAAAUAGCAACCAUAGUGAUCAACAGCAGCAAAUGACAGUGAAAAAUUCCCAGUACUUGCCUGUGGUCAAGAAAACAUCAGAAGGAACAACAGCAACAACAACACUAAAUGGGCGGUCUUUCGUGAUAGAGUCACAGCUAACAACACCGGAAGAGCCCAAUGGGAAACCCUCAGAGCCCCAGCCUACCACCACACCUCCCAUUCCCCUGGGACAGUACUCAAUGAUCACGACCAUACCAGAACCAACUAGUGAGCCACCAGAAGUACCACAAGAAACCAGAAAGCCAAAUGGACAGCAGCAAUAUUCAGAGCACACAACAGGACUCAUUGGUGCAUACUGUGUAGUCCAGACGGUGGAAGAAAACCUGACACCUGAACCCAGCAGAACAGUAGCUCAGAAACCACCACAAGGGAAUCAACAAAAGGGUCUGCUGUAUGCAGAAGUGAGUCUAAACACAGAAGGAGGUGGUUUUGGUCUGGUUGCAGAUAGAGUCGAGUAUGCCGCUCUGGACCUCAAUGCCAUGGCCAGCCAACAACCACCACCUCCUCAGACACCUCCUCCAACACACAAUCUAGAUUCAAAGGUGAGUCUGGACCAGAUCCUCAUUCAGUUGAAGGAAGUCACUCCUCACUGGAGGAGACUGGGAGAGGCAGUUGGUGUACAGAGGCUGGACGAAAUAUCUGAAUAUGUGGGUAGUGAGAGUGAGGCAAUGGUGGAGGUGGUGGAUGGAUGGCUGGCCAACCUCCACCCCAACAAGCCCACGUGGAGGGAGAUAGCUGAUGUGGUGGACAGCAUUGGUCACCAUGACCUUGCUGGCUCCCUCAGACAGGUCUACAUCUCAGGGGAGCUACCCAUUGAGGUCUCCAAUGCUGUUCCUGAUAGUGUGAUGUAUCAAAACGAGGCCCCACCCCUCAUACCCUCUCGUGAACCUAAUAAUGACAGGAGCAAGUCUUCCGAUACUCCUCCACCCAUACCACUGAAAUCCUACAAACGCUCAGCUUAGCUCUCCAGCAGACUCUGUGUGACAAUUCUUGUUUUAUGUAUCAAAACGCACUAUUCAAAGUCCAAGUGCCCAAGACUUUCAUAUCAUGCAUUACAAUUCCCAUCACACGUAACAGUCACAUUGGUCAAUAGAUAUCUACACUUGUACUGGACUGAGAUUGUAUGUUUCACCUGUUCCAAUGCAAGUACAACUGAGAGAUUAUGACCUCCA